CAACAGUUGUUCUGUAGGAUUCGUGUGAAAUAGAGUAAUUUUUUUCUAAUUAUUCCAGCACUUUGAAUUUAAUAAGCAUUUUUUAUAAAACUAUGCCUUGUUGGUAUUAUGAUAAAAAGGAUUUACGUGAUACACCUUCCAUCCUCGAUGGCAUAUCAUUUGAGACCGAACGUCGAUAUCGCAAAGAAGGUGCUCGCUUUAUUAUGAAUUGUGGCACACAAAUGGGACUGGGUCACAACACGAUGGCUACCGGCGUAGUAUACUUUCAUAGAUUUUAUAUGUUUCACUCUUUCAAAAGCUUUCCACGAUAUGUUACUGCAUGCUGUUGCCUUUUUCUGGCUGGCAAAGUUGAAGAGACCCCGAAGAAAUGUCGCGACAUUAUAAAAAUAGCAAGGACAUUAUUAUCGGACACUUAUUUUUAUUCCUUUGGCGAUGAUCCUAAAGAGGAGGUUAUGACAUUGGAGCGUAUUUUGUUGCAAACUAUUAAAUUUGACUUACAAGUGGAGCAUCCCUACACGUUUUUGCUUAAAUAUGCCAAGUGCUUCCGUGGUGAUCAAGUUAAAUUACAGAAAAUGGUACAAAUGGCGUGGAACUUUGUUAAUGACUCUUUAAGUACCGUUGUAUGCCUGCAAUGGGAGCCUGAAAUAAUAGCGGUUGCACUAAUACAUCUCGCUAGUAAGCUUAGUAAAUUCACUGUGGUCGAUUGGGUGGGACGUCAGCCCAGUCAUAAUCGAUGGUGGGACAUGUUCGUUUCGGAUGUUACAAUGGAAAUCCUUGAAGAUAUUUGCCAUCAAGUUUUGGAUCUCUAUCAACCUAAUCAAAAGGAACCAUCUGAGCAAAACAGUCCGCCUCAGAAACCUCCAAGCCGCGCUGAUAGCCCUACGCCUACAAAGCCGGUAAUAACAACAGUUAGCACUGGUUCACCUGCUGCAAAAGUAAAACCAGCGCCAGCUACUAUUACCACGACAACAGCACCAGCAUCAUCCGCUGUAGUACCACCGGCUGCAGAGCUUACUAACAUUCAGUCUAUCAAAUCACUCGCUAACUCUGGGCCAAUAGCGCCUACGGUUAGUGAGCCUGCCGCUAUACCAACGGUCGGAAUGGCUUCAACUUAUCACAACAUAUAUCCGCCUCCGGUCACAAAUCAUCCAAUACAUUCACUAUACAAUUCUGCAGCACCCGCCCCGCCGCAAGCACCUACGCAUAGUUAUGGCGCUCCAGGUGGUCCAUCUGGAGUCGUGCCUCCUCCCCUUCCGCCGGCAAUGGGGCCCUAUGGUAUGCCAACGGCUGCAGCUUGGGGAGGGCCAGCGUUGAAUUCAAAUUCUCAUUAUCCAUCAAAUGUGCCCGCCUCGAUGCCAGCAGGGCCCAGUGGUGGUGGCGGAGCACCUCAGCAUGGUUAUCAGGGAUCACAGUACUCCAGACGUAAUUACCUGUGAUGUAAAGUAUGCUAUCACUUGUCAAAAAACUAAACUAAUUAUGUUGUUUAUAUAGUCGCUUUUAAAAAAUUUAUGUUUUUAAUAAUUGUAUGCUUUGUAUACAUGCGAUUAAAAAUAAGUUAGAAUAAAACAAGUGUGUGUUAAUGGGACUUGGGUCUAUGCGCAGAAGAAUAA